UAAACGAUCCUGUUGCUCAUUUACAGGCGAUUCAGAGAAACAGACUCAAAGCAGAGGAUCACACAGAAGAACUGAAGCUCAAGGAGAGACUGAGUGACGCUGAACUCACCAAAUACAGCAAAUCUGAGCGUUUAUAUCAUCUCAUAGUGUGACCCAGUGGAGCAGCAUCUCCAUGUGUGGCUCCUGAGGUCUGGAGCGUGUCGAGUUGUUGUUCUGUCCUCCUGAGGUCAUCAUGGCGAGUAAAGCGGGAGACGACCCGGAGAGCCUGAUGUCUCUGUGCACCGUCUUCUGCCUGAAGAACCUGCGGAGAACCAUGUGCUACAGCGGAGAGCACAGCCGGCUCCAGCUGCGGCCCGACGUCUUCCUGCCCGGCGAGAUCUGUGACCGGCUGGUCAACGUGUACAUGGAUCUGCUCCACACGGACAGUGACUUCGAGCCGCAGGACGGCUUCUUCCAGCUCUUCAGUGACCCGCGCAGCACCAGACUGACCCGCCUGCAGCUGAGGGAGGAGCUGGUGCUGGACCGAGACCUGGAGGCCAUCGCGAAACAGGAUCUGAUGGAGCUUCAUCUGACCUACUGUAGCCGUCUGACCUCGCGCGGCCUGCGGACGCUCUGCAGCUUCAGACACUCGCUGCGGUCACUCAGUCUCUUCGGCUGCUCUGACAUCUUCUUCAGGAAGGGCGGCGCUCCGCUGGCGUACAGCGAGGAGGACGAGGAGGAUCUGGAGGAGCAUCUGCACCGGCCCUCGGUGGACCAGGACUUCAGCUUUCAGGGCUUUAACCGUCUGCGUCUGCUGAACCUGGGCGGCCUGCCGGCGGAGCUGGACGUGGAGACGCUGCUGCGGCCGCUGCCCGCUCUGACCUCGCUGGACCUGUCUGCUGUCCAUCUGCCCCGGCCGGCCUUCCUCACGCAGUGGAAGGAGAGACUGGCGUCGCUGGUGCUGUAUAACGUGGAGCUGACGGAGGAGCUGAUCCACACGCUGCUGCAGAUGAGCAGACUGAGACACCUGGAUAUCUCCCGAGAGAAUCAGAGAACGUCUAAAUUCAAGAUGACGAGGAAGAUCUUGAGCAGUAUCGUUCAGAGUUUGGUCCAUCUGGUGUCUCUGGACAUCUCUGGACACAUCAUGCUGGAUAACUGCACGGUGCCGGCGUUUGAGGACGCUGUGGGCCGGCCGAGCAUCGAGCCGUGUAAGAGCAGCAUUUACCCAUUUCAGGAGCUGAAGAGACCGCUGCAGUUCUUAGGACUGUACAACACAACGCUCUGCAACGUCACACACAUCCCCGCGUAUAAGGUCACUGGCUCCAAGAACGAGGAUCAGAUCCUGAACGCUAUCGAGGCGUACACAGAACAGCGACCCGAGCUGGCCCACCGAGCCAUUAACCAGCUGUUCGACAUCGCCCGGAUUCAGCACUGCAGCCAGCUGCUGCGAGCACUGCAGCUGGUGAUCACAGCACUGAAGACUCAUAAAUAUGACAAGAGCAUUCAGGUGACGGGCAGCGCCGCUCUGUUUUACCUCACCAACACCGAGUACCGCAGUGACCAGAGCGUGCGUCUGCGCAGACAGGUCAUACAGGUGGUGCUCAACGGCAUGGAGCAGUACCAGGAGGUGACGGUCCAGAGGAACUGCUGUCUGACGCUCUGUAACUUCAGUAUUCCUGAGGAGCUGGAGUUCCAGUAUCACAGAGUCAAUCUGCUGCUGCUGAAGAUCCUGGAGCCGGCGCGUCAGGACGAGUCCAUCCAGCGCAUCGCUGUCCAUCUGUGUAACGCACUCGUCUGUCAGGUCGACAACGACCACAAAGAAGCCGUCGGCAAGAUGGGAUUCGUCAAGACGAUGCUGAAUCUGAUCCAGAAGAAGCUGCAGGACAGAAUGUGUGAUCAGGUGAUGGAGUUCUCGUGGAGCGCGCUCUGGAACAUCACAGACGAGACUCCUGAUAACUGUCAGAUGUUCCUGGAGUGUAAUGGCAUGAAUCUCUUCCUGGAGUGUCUGAAGGAGUUUCCUGAUAAGCAGGAGCUGCACCGUAACAUGCUGGGGCUGCUGGGUAACGUGGCUGAAGUGAAGGCGCUGAGGCCGCAGCUGCUGACCAAGCAGUUCAUCACGGUGUUCAGUGAGCUGCUGGACAGUAAAGCGGACGGCAUCGAGGUGUCCUAUAAUGCCUGCGGUGUCCUGGCACACAUCAUGUUCGACGGGUCGGACGUCUGGACCAUGGAGGAGCCCAAGAGGUCACAUGUCAUGGACAAAAUGUGGGCGGCCAUCCAGAGCUGGGACGUCAGCUCGCGACGCAACAUCAACUACAGGUCGUUCGAGCCCAUCCUGCGUCUCCUCCCUCAGAGCGGCGCUCCGGUCAGUCAGCACUGGGCCACCUGGGCGCUUUAUAACCUGGUGUCUGUUUACCCGAGUAAAUACUGCCCUCUGUUGAUAAAGGAGGGCGGCGUCAUUCUGCUGCAGAAAGUUCUAGAGCUGGAGUCCUCUCAUCAGGAGACCAAGGACAUGGCACGUAAAGUGAUGGAGCAGUGUGAGAACUUCAAGGAGGAUCCGAUGGACACCAGCAGGUAAAGAGUGACGGUCACCAGCGCUGGACGUCCAUCUGCGUGAUGUUCCUCACUGACACUGACGGCACAGAAACACCUGUGUGUUCAUGAGGAGGACGUUACGCUGCUCUCCUACAACACACGUGUGUCCCGUCACACUACAGUGAGCUCACGAGUGUGUGUGUGUGUGUGUGUGUGUGUGUCGGGCUCGUUUCUGUGUUGCACAUGGACAGCAGUGAGAGCUGCCUUAUUCUAGAGGUGUUUUUCUUUGUUUUAUUUGUAAAUGAUAAUGUGCCCGAGUGAGUGUGUGUGUGUAUAUAUAUACAUAUAUAUAUGUGUGUGUGUGUGUGUGUGUGUGUGUGUGUGUGUGUGUGUGUGUGUGUGUGUGCGGACGUUCUGCUCGUCUUUAUAAGGAACAACCGUGAUUAUUUGUCUGGAGGCAGAGAGGUGGACACAUAAGCUGGACUGACUCUUCUCAAGGCUCCUGUGAUCAAACGCUGGAAAGCACUGAUGAUCCUGAGACCCGGCUCUGUUCUCGUCUGGAAGGAAGUUCUCGUCUGGAUGUUCUAACGCCGUCUCUGUAAACACUCCUGGUUGGAAAUCUCUGGAGGUCCCGGCGGAGAACCCAAUCACACAUCUGUCAUUAAAGCGAUUAUCUUUUGGGGAGCUCAUCAUUUUUCCUAUGUUGUAUUUUUUUUUUUUUAUCACAUUCACUUUUUAUUUGCGAUCUCAUGAUGAGCGCGAUCGCCUGGCAGCGGGAUCAGCGUUUGUGUGUGUGUUUCUCUCCAGGAGCGAUGAUGGUGGUUUAUCUGCGUUUCCAAACGUCAGGUUUGUGCUGUUUAACUGCAAUAAAACCAUGAUGUACUGAAGUAAGAUGUCCACACAACACUGGCUGUAAAGAGAGAUUAAUAAUAAUAAUAAUAAUAAUAAUAAUAGUUGUCUAACACUCUGUUCCAGUCGUUAUUUCUUACAGACGGUGAUGAUUGUGAUAUUUUAUCGGGUGUGUUUUUAAAUCAGUCACAUGUCUGUAUAUGUGGGUAUCUUUCUGAAUUUAAACAGACUCCUGGUGUUGGAACAGUUUUAGAUAUUUUAAUAUUUGAAUAUCUGCUCUGUCUGCUGUUGAACGAUCAUUACUUUGUAAAAGAGGCGUUAUUCACUUCUACAGAAUCUCUCUUAGGAUGCUUCUUGAACUCUUAUAUCACUAUAAAAUCAUCAAAUACAGAAUAUUCAGUAUUUCAGUAAAA